CCCGCUCGCGGCCGGCGCCGCCGGCGCCAUGUUCAAGAAACUGAGGCAGAAGAUCAGCGAGGAGCAGCAGCUCCAGCCGACGCUCGCCCCCGCGCAGGGACCCUCCACCUCUUCAACACCAACCAGAGCUAGAAGCAGAGCCUCUUCAUUUACAGAGCAACUUGAUGACGCUGCUAUCCCCAACAGAGAGAAUGCAUCCACCCAUGUUGUGAAGUCCUCAGACAAUGUUAACAGAAGUGAAUUAUCUACUCCUCAGUCAGGUGACACUCAGACUUUUGCUCAGAAACUCCAGCUGCGGGUGCCUUCCAUGGAAUCUUUGUUUCGAAGUCCUGUAAAGGACUCUCUCUUCCGAUCUUCUAAAGAGUCUCUGAUCCGAACAUCUUCCCGCGAGUCCCUGAAUCAGCUGGACCUGGAAUAUUCUGCAGCCUCCUUUGAUUCGCCUUCCGACAUGGAGAGUGAGGCUGAGGAUUCCUUAGGGAAUUUUGAUAGUCUCAACAAAGAACAGUUGAUUCAGCGAUUGCGAAGACUGGACCGAAGUUUGAAUAGCUAUAGAGGAAAGUAUUCUGAGCUUGUAUCAGCUUACCAGACUCUUCAGAGAGAGAAGAAGAAGCUACAAGGUAUAUUAAGUCAGAGUCAGGACAAAGCACUUCGGAGAAUUGGAGAAUUAAGGGAGGAGCUCCAAAUGGAUCAGCAAGCGAAGAAACAUCUCCAGGAGGAGUUUGAUGCAUCUCUAGAGGAGAAAGAUCAGUAUAUCAGCGUUCUCCAGACCCAGGUUUCUCUCCUGAAACAACGAUUACGUAAUAGCCCUGUGAAUAUUGAUGUACUAAAACCUCUCCCUCAGAUGGAAACUGAGGCUGAAGUUGACACUAAGGAAGAGAACACAGAGGAUAAUGUAGAGGCAAUAGGAGAAGUCCCUUCUGCAAAAAUGCUGGAAACACUUCAGCAAAGGGUUAAGCGUCAAGAAAAUCUUCUUCAGCGUUGUAAAGAAACCAUUCAGUCACACAAAGAACAGUGUACACUACUAACCAGUGAAAAGGAAGCACUUCAAGAACAGCUGGAGGAAAGGCUUCAAGAGCUGGAAAAGAUGAAGGAGCUUCAUAUGGCUGAGAAAACAAAACUUAUCACGCAGCUGCGUGAUGCGAAGAACUCCAUUGAACAACUUGAACAAGAUAAGGGAAUGGUCAUAACAGAGACAAAACGUCAGAUGCAUGAAACGCUGGAACUGAAAGAGGAAGAAAUUGCUCAGCUUCGGAGCCGAAUCAAACAAAUGACUACCCAGGGAGAAGAAUUACGGGAACAGAAGGAAAAAUCUGAGAAAGCUGCUUUUGAGGAACUUGAGAAGGCCUUGAGUGCUGCCCAGAAAACAGAGGAGGCACGCAGGAAGAUGAAGGCGGAGAUGGAUGAGCAGAUCAGAGCUGUGGAGAAGAAGAGUGAGGAAGAGCGCGCCGGUCUUCAGCGUGAACUAAGUCGGGUGAAACAGGAGGUCACGGGCCUCGUGAAAAAAUCCUCAGAAGAACAAAUUGCUCAACUCCAGAAGCUACAUGCAAAGGAACUAGCUGAGAAAGAACAGGAAUUGACUGGGAAAUUUCAGACCCGUGAAAGAGAAUUACAGGAACAAAUGAAAAUAGCCCUUGAAAGAAGUCAGUCAGAAUAUUUGAAGAUCACUCAAGAAAAAGAAUGCCAAGAAGCUUUGGCCCUGGAAGAGUUAGAGUUGCAGAAACAAGCAGUCCUCACAGAAAGUGAAAAUAAACUAAAGGACCUACAGCAGGAAGUACAGACUUACAAAACUAGAAUUCUUGAAUUGGAAAGUUCCUUGGAUAAAAGCCUACAGGAAAGCAAGAGUCAGUCCGAGUACUUAACUGUUCAUUUGGAAGCUGAAAGAAAUAAGUACAAUAAAGAAAUUACAGUCAUGGUUGAAAAACACAAGACAGAACUGGAAAGCCUAAAACAUCAGCAAGAGAACUUGUGGACAGAAAGAUUCCACAUUUUAAAGCAACAGCAUCAGACUGAAAUGGAAACACUUAGAGAAAAGUGUGAAGAAGAAAAAGAAACAUUACUGAAAGACAAAGAAGUUCUUUUCCAGGAGCACAUCGAAGACAUGAAUAAAAAAACAUUAGAAAAGCUUGAUGUGAAACAAACAGAACUGGAAUCACUGUCCUCUGAACUCACAGAGGUCUUAAAAACCCGUCAAAGCCUGGAAGAGGAACUUUCUGUGCUCAGAGAUCAGGCAGAGCAAACAAAACAAGAAUUGGAGGCACAGCUGGAGGCAGAGAAGAAAUGCCAUGAACAACUCAUGGACAGUGUCAUGCAGGAACACGCAGUGUCUCUCCAGAGGACAGAGAUCACAUUGCAAGACCAGAUCAGUGAGCUGGAGCUCCUUGUGAAGGAAAAGGACAGGAAGCUGAGCGAGCAUCAGGUGCGUAUGGAGAAUUUAGAGGCAGAGAUUCAAAGGUCUGAAGGGGAGCGUCAGGAGGCCACUGCCAAGCUGGAGCUUCUUCAGUCACACCAGGAGCAGUCAAAAGCAGAUGCGGAGCAGUGGGCUCAGCUGCAACAGAAAUUACUAGAUCUGGAAACAGAAAGAAAUCUUCUUACACAACGGGUGGUUGACGCUGAAACACAGAAGAGUAAUGUUUGUGUGGAGUUGGACACUCAGAAAAGUCAGGUGCAGACAUUAAGGCAGCAGCUGGAAAGCCAGAGUACUGAAACAGAGCAGAAAGUACAGUCUUUAACCCAGUUCUACGAGUCUCAACUUAAAGACAGUAACAUGGACCACGAACAAACAAAGCAAAUGCUGGUGGAGAAAGAAAAUACCAUUUUACAAUUGAGAGAAGAACAGAGCAAAGAAAUGGACAUGCUCAAGCAGAAAUUGUCAGCCAAGGAGGAGCAGAUUAGGAUUUUGCACGAGGAACAUGAAAGCAAAUUUAAAAAGCAAGAAGAAAAGAUGGAAAAAAUGAAGCAGAAAGCUAAGGACAUGCAAGAAACCUUAAAGAAGAAAAUGUUGGAUCAGGAAGCCAAACUUAAAAAAGAGCUAGAAAAUACCACUCUGGAGCUCAGUCAGAGAGAAAAAGAGUUCAAUGCCAAAAUGUUGGAAAUGGUUCAGGCUAACUCAGCAGGACUCAGUGAUGUGGUCUCAAGACUAGAAAUAAAUCAAAAGGAGCAAGUAGAGAAUCUUACAAAGGUCCAUCAGCAAGAACUUGGUGAUGUCAUAUCAAGUUGGGAAAAGAAACUGAGCCAGCAAAUGGAAGAAAUCCAAGAGAAACAUGGAGUCCAAUUAGUGGAGAAGGAGCAGGAAGUCACCGAACUGAAGAGAAGGAUCCUUUUAGUUGAGCGCCAGAAAGAAGAGAUGGAAAAGGAAAUGACCCAGCUGAAGGAAGAACAUAUGAAGCAGGACGCCAGAUUAAGCGAAUUCCAGGACCAGUUAAAGCAGAAGUCCGUGUACCUGACGAGUCUCUCACAGAGCGAGUCACAGUUGAAAGCGCAGCUUGAAAACGUGCAGGCCGACUUGAAUCAUUCUCUGAAGGAAACAGCAGUUCUUCAAGGGCAGAUCGUUGAACUGAAACAGCUGGGAGAAAAAGAGCAACUUAAGCUCUCUGAGUUGUCCAACAAAUUGCAAGUCACACAGGAAGAAUUCCAGGGUUUGCAGUCUUCACAUGAGACCUGUCAGGAACGCCUAGAGGCCAAAAGCUUGGAACUCAAAGCAUGGCCAGCACAGCUCACAUCUCAGCUGGACAGUUACUGUAAAAAAAUGGAAGCCAUAUUUGAAGCAAAGACAAGUGAGCUCCUCCACAUCAGCAGUAGUAAAACGAAUGCCAUUCUCACUCGGAUUUCUCUUUGCCAACACCACACAACUAAGGUGAAAGAGGCACUGCUCAGGAAAAUCUGCAGGAUUUCUGAACUAGAAGCACACCUGACACAGCUCACAGAGGAGCGAAAUACACUAACUAGAUCUCUCCAGCAAGCCACACGUCAGUUAGAAGAAAAAGAAAAUCAGAUUAAGAGCAUCAAGGCCGACGUGGAAAAUCUUGUCACGGAAAAGGAAGCUCUCCAGAAAGAAGGAGGCAAUCAGCUACAGGCUGCCUCGGAAAAGGAGUCUUGUAUCACACAGCUGAAGAAAGAGUUAUCAGAAAACAUCAAUGCCGUCACCCUGAUGAAAGAGGAGCUUACCGAGAAGAAAUCAGAGGUCAGCAGUCUGAGUAAACAACUAGCUGAUCUGAACGCCCAGCUCCAGAACAGCAUCAGCCUAAGUGAAAAAGAGACAGCCAUCUCCUCACUAAGUAAACAGCACAGCGAGCAGCAGCGUGAGUGGCAGGACCAGGUGCAAGCUUUGUCUUUGAAAGUGGAUGCUCUGAGUAAAGAAAAACUUGCCGCCCUUGAGCAGGUGCACCACUGGUCCAACAAGUUCUCCGAAUGGAAGAAAAAGGCUCAGUCAAAAUGCACACAGUAUCAGAACACGAUCAAGGAAUUGCAGUUACAGCUUGAGUCAAAAAGCAGAGAAGCUAGUGAGAAGGAGGAGCAGGCCAAUUUACUGAAGGAGGACUUUGAUCAGCAGAAUAAAAGAUUUGACUGUUUACAGGUUGAGUUGGAAGAUAAGAACAAGUUUGAGAAAAGGGUGUAUACAUUGGAGGCAGAGUUGAAGACCCAAACAGCAAGGAUUGCUGAACUAGAGGGCCAUGUUGCUCAGAAAGAAGUUGAAGUUGAGUCUUUGAAUGAACUUCUUAAAACUUGCAAUCAACAAAGGGAUAGGGAGCAGGAAGAAUUGGUUCAGAAACUUCAACACUUUCGAGAGUUGGGAGAAGAAAAGGACGGCAGAGUUAAAGAAGUUGAGGAAAAGGCCUUAAGACUUGAAAAGCAAGUGUCUUCCAUGGAAGCCAAACUGGAAAUGAAGAGGGAAGAACUAGAACACGUGACAAAAAAUGCCCAAAGCAAAGAUGAAGAGUUAAGGGCGUUAGAAAAUAGAUUUGAACUAGAAAAUGCUGCCAAAUUAGCAGAGCUGAAGAGAAAAGCUGAACAAAAAAUUGCUGCCAUCAAGAAACAGUUGUUGUCUCAGAUGGAAGACAAGGAACAGCAGUAUAAAAGAGACACAGAAAGCCGUCUGAGUGAGCUCAAACUAAAACUGCAAGAGCGAGAAAAGGAAGUUCAAAUCUUGGAAGAACAGCUGAAGAAGUCAUUGGGAAAUUCUCCACAGUCAGACACACCAACUGUGUGCAAAUCGGUAGAAAAUAUGCCCGCGCAUUCUGGGAAGGAAGAGGCUGCGUCCCAGGGCUGUAUGCAGAAGGCAUGCAGAGAAAAAAUCAGAGCUCUGCAAAGCAGUUUAGUUGAAAAGGACAAACUGUUGCAAGGGAAAGAGGAAAUCAUAUCUUCACAUUCAGAAAUGCAGAGCAAAUACCAGGAACUCUUAGUAAAAUUAGAAUGUGCUGAAGCGAAGCAGUGUGAGGAUCAGGUUGUAAUCAAUUGUCUUCAAAAAGAACUAGAAGGAAAAAGGAAAUUUCCCUUGAUAGCGCCACAGGACAUAGUAGGAGAGGGAGGAGAAAAUGGCCCCGGGCCAGAGCAAAACUGGGAAAAUACAGUUGAUGUUGUCCAGAAGACUUUCCAGAAGAAAGACCUGGCCUGUCAGACCCUGGAUCUGGACACCUGCUUAGUAAGAGAGAGGGAAGUACAUCAAAGCAAAAUAGAUGAGUUGACCUUAAAGUACAAAACACUGCAGGCUCUAUACCAACAGAUGGGUGGGGACAGCCAACCCAUGGAGGUCUGGGGAGACGAGGCUGAAGAAAAGUCAAGAUCAGGUAUGUUCCAACCCAGAUCGCUCAGUAACACCGCAUCUUCGCACAGUGACCUAGAGUUGAAGUUAGCAGGGGCAGAGAAGGAAAAGCAGAAGCUGAGCAAGGAGAUCGUGAAAUUGCAGAAGGACCUCCGGAUGCUGCGGAAGGAACAUCAGCAGGAACUGGACAUACUGAAGAAAGAAUGUGAACAAGAAAUGGAUGAGAAAAUCAAACAGGAACAGGAAGACCUUGAGUUGAAGCACAAUUCCACAUUGAAACAGCUGAUGAGGGAGUUUAACACCCAGCUGGCCCAGAAGGAACAAGAACUAGAACAGUCCAUCAAAGAAACUAUCAAUAAAGCCCAGGAGGUUGAAGCUGAACUUCUGGAAAGCCAUCAAGAAGAGACAAAUCAAUUGUACAAAAAAAUUGCAGAAAAAGAUGAUGAUCUAAAAAGAACAGCGAAAAAAUAUGAAGAGAUCCUUGAUGCUCGUGAGGAAGAAAUGACUGCAAAAGUAAAGGGCCUGCAGGCUCAACUAGAAGAACUACAGAGGAAAUACCAACAGAAGCUACAGCAGGAGGAGGAGGGGCCUGGCAGUGAUCAGGUAACAAUUAUGGAGUUACAGACGCAACUAGCACAGAAGACUACUAUGAUCAGUGAGUCAGAAUUGAAAGAACAAGAAUUCAGAGAACAGAUUCACAAUUUAGAAGACCGUCUGAAAAAGUAUGAAAAGAAUGUAUAUGCAACAACUAUGGGGACACCGUACAAAGGUGGAAACUUGUACCACACAGACGUCUCACUCUUGGGAGAACCUACAGAGUUUGAGUAUUUGAGAAAAGUGCUCUUUGAGUAUAUGAUGGGUCGUGAAACUAAGACCAUGGCAAAAGUCAUCACCACUGUCCUGAGAUUUCCCGACGACCAGACGCAGAAAAUCCUGGAAAGAGAAGAUGCUCGGCUAGUGUUUGCCUCGGCCCGCAGUGGUAUCUUCUGAGUAAGCCGCCGGCCUGUGCUUAGUUUGCACGUGUCAUGGCUCCGGUCUUCAUCCUGAAGGAGCGUGGAACGAUGCUGCUGACCGCUGCCCUGCAGUCAGGAGGGAGGCCUUGCCCUGCGCAUAGCUAAGCACAGUCGGAUGGCCCGGCCCCAGACCCAGCACGGCUGCCUCCAGAGACCCCUCCUCCCUCCCCUCCCCUCCAGUGGAGAAAUGGUGAUUAGGGAUUUUUCUUUUCCUUCAGUUUUCUCUUGGGAAGAAUUUUAUAUUUAAAACAGUUUGGAUAACCUCACCUACUCCUCUUAACAAUGUCCCUUCCCCAUUCUUUUUGACCCUCUUCUCCCUUUUAAAGAAAUGCUUGCCUUUCUUAUUUAUUUUAGGGUGGUUUUUUUCCUUUCUAAAAAUUUGUGCAAUACGUUUUGAGGUAAAACAGUAAUUUUUUCAGAUAAAUUAGAGAGUUUUAUUAUUACCCAGAUUUUUUGAAUAUUUGCUAAAGAUUUAAUUCUUUAAGCUAUCACACAGAUGUCCCAAAUGGCAGUACCUCAUUGUUUACUGAGCUUUUGUACUUAUAUUUUUCAGAGGAAAGAAUACUAUUGUAAAUUGUAAAUAGUCAAUAAAUAACUAUUGUAUGCAAA